UUUAGUACUGUCAAUGCAUUUUGGAACGCAGUAUGAGAGCUCAGUAAUAAUGGCGUAUACUCGGAAAAUUUGCAACUAAUCUUUCAGUGAGAGUCACAUUCAGUCAUAAUGGCAAACGUGAAUGAUACAUUUGGCUUUGAGGCCUUUCAUAAAUUGUAUCAUAAUGAGAUCCAGAAAAAAGAAGACAUAUUAAUCUUAUUUGUGCAUUGGUACUUGGUCAAGUGUGGACUUCGUUGUAUUGGCAUCGGAGAUAAUAAUGUUUUUAACAUGUCAGACAAGGGAUCAGAAUUACUUCCAAAAGAGUGGAACACUGGUCCCAGCUAUGCGUUACGUUAUGUCAAAAAUAAUACAUUGUAUUUACUCUGUGGGAUCAAAUCAGACGAUGAAAUACUUAUAAAUCUCGCGAAACUUGACAAUGAUACUAUUUCCAACACUGCAUUCCCAAUUGACAAAACUGUAACUACACUAGAUGGAUCUCUAGAAACUAUGAUACCAUGUUAUGAAGCACUGUUGCAUCAGUUACGCAAUGAAUUUUUGAAACCAGUAUGUAAAUUGACGCUGACUGAUUUGGAAAAUACUGUGGAAACAGCAACCCAAACAAACACAGGCGAGGUUGUGGAUUUUUCAUUGUCGUCAAGAAUUCGAAAUCCACGGGAACUCGAUUGGCGGCAGCCAAUACAGCCUGUACAGCGUCCACCUGAACCUGGAACUAUCGGUGUCUCUGAUCUGUAUCCAGGUGGAAACGGCGGCGGUAUGAUUUUUGAUCCUUUCCAAAGACGUACACCUGCUGAUUUGCACGAUCCUCUAGGAGUUCCUGGGAGAUUGCCGGUAGGUGCGGUGCCACCUGGUGCGAGAUUCGAUCCGUUCGGCCCGCCUGAUCUGGACCCGAUAAGGCCACCUCGUCACAGACCCGGAGACGAUCACAUGCGACCUCCGCGAUUCUUCGGCGAUAUGUUUAUGUAGACAAAUAAAACUGCACACGAAAUGAACCCGGAGAAGUAAACUACAAAUACGUCUGGUGCGUGUACAUGCAUACCCAAUAUUCUGCGGCGACGAAUGUACGUAUCUUGAUUGUAUGAGAGAAUAAGAUGCGCGCGCUAUACUUGUUUCGCUGAAAUAAAAUUAGAAACUUUAUUUUCACAGCAUA